AUCUUAUGUCCCAGUCACACAAUGAUAGAAGGAGGACGAGAUGGCUGCCAACGUGUGCACGAAUACAUCCAUCAAAACCUGUUGCAGCAGGUUGUCUUCUUGCUUAUUCUCUAUCUCAUUCCAGUCUUUAGUUGGACCAGUGCCACACACACACACACACACACACACACACACUGUGACGAUGAUAUUAGGUGCAGUCAAAUCCAAAACUGGCCCAUCAACAGCUUGAAUGCACAUUUUGACAAUUUGCGCACUGAAGAGCACAUCUAUCAGAAAUGGAUCCACAAUGCGUCAGGGUCUAAGAGGGAUUUCGAAGACGUAAAGCCACAAAGACGACAUUAUCACUGAUUUUAACUUGACGAAGCACGGCUUGGUGCAGAAUGUCGGUCUGUCCAACGUUUUCACCCAGUAAGGACGAGUCUCAACCCUUAACCACCCGGGCCAAGCCUCACACCUCACACGAGACCCUUGGGACCUCCUGCCAGCAGUUGGCAGAAUCACAGAAAACUGAUGGCGGUGAUGUCUGCUUCACCCAGCAAGCCAGACCCAACCUCACGUCAAGGCAUGCGCAUGUGAGUAGAAGGCACAGCGUGGAUGGGACUGGACGAGAAGGCCCAGUCGACGCGUCUCGUUUCCACCCGUACCUGCGACAGCUCAGUGAGGGUGCGGUGACAAAUGCAGUUUGUCUGCAGCGCGGCUCGUCUCCUUUCAGCUGCCUGCAGGAGGUCUGCAACCCUCAAAUGUGCUGCCUGACAUUCGGCUCAAGCAGCGAGUCGCAAACACUAUGGGAACAAUAUGACUACAAUGAUCAGUGUUCCCACUCCAACCUACCGGCUGUGUCAGAUGAGACUUUUUGUUCCCAUUCUCAACAAUAUCUAUGCUCCACAUCAGCCAGCCCUCCACAAGAGGUCACAACAUGGCCGUACACGACUGAGGAGCAUUCCAACGAGCCAAAUUAUUCUUUUCAGAGUCUCUCCUUUCAAAUUAAUCAGAGGAAGAACUCGCAGCCCCUCUUCCCCAAGCCCAUUUACUCAUACAGCAUUCUCAUCUUCAUGGCUCUGAAAAACAGUGAAACAGGAAGCCUCCCCGUCAGUGAGAUCUACAGCUUCAUGACUGAAAACUUCCCCUAUUUUAAGACAGCCCCUGAUGGAUGGAAGAACUCUGUGCGACACAACCUCUCUCUGAACAAGAGCUUUGAGAAAUUGGAGGGCAAAAAUGGGAACUCCUCCCGGAAAGGUUGUCUGUGGGCUCUCAAUCCUGCCAAGGUAGAGAAAAUGCAAGAGGAGCUGCACAAGUGGCGCCGCAAAGACCCCGUCAGUGUUCGCAGGAGCAUGGCAAGACCAGACGAUUUAGAUCUUCUACUUGGACAGAUGCCCAAGAAACUGAGGUCAGUGCCACCGUACACCAGACCUGCCAGUAUUUACAGCACCAUGCCGACGUCUUUCAGCCCAACACGCGGCCAACCACCGAACAGAGCCAGUCGACGUCCACAGCAUUUAUGCGCUCCUUCACCCUCACAGCAGUCCUGUUUACUCUCCCUCACUGACUCCCAUCUCAGCGACUCAUUGGCCUUGCGUGCCCCAUGUAGUCAGCGGCACACAGCUGACAUCCAUCCUGGAAACGUGGACCUAAUUGCGACUGGGAAGGUGCCACUGGCCUACCGUGUCACCCACCAGGACGACUUCAGUGCUGGUCUAAGGAGCCUGCAGGACUCUCAAUCGGAGGGAGAUACUUAUGAUGUGGAUGUACUCAACCCCAGCCUGACUGAUCUGCAGUUGAAAGGUAACCUGUGGGAGGAGUUGCAAGAAGACAGCCUGGGGUCACACCUGCGAUCGGCCCCCACCCCCAUGUGCAUCACCUCUAGAGGGCUUGGAGCCAGCCUGUGUCCAACCCAGCUGUGCAGAUACCACAGUGCUCGUCAGUCAGACCUCAACGGCAGCUGCAGUGGGUCACUGUAAAAUGGAGUUUGAGGACACAUCCAGCGGGCAGAGCUUUAAACACCAUGCCUGUGUCAAGCGGGUUGUAUCCUGAUGUUUAUUCAGGAGCAGACAAUUUGCUGCUGUAUAUGACCUGCUCCACCACAUCAUUGCUGUAGGUAGGCUACUUAACUGUCAACACCUUCAUAACGUAGAGAUUCUUGAGAACUGACUGUUAUUUGAAUGAGCGUUACGGUAGCAAGCGGCUUCAACAUUGGAUUUGUGACCCACGUAGCCCUCAAAUCUUUGUUUUCCCGACUGUGUUCACCUCUCUACCUAGUGGUAACAGACCAGAGAAAAGCUCCCAUGUCUUGUGUGACCAAUGCAUUUAAAUAUAAUCUGAAAAAUGUUCUUUGGGGGAAAUGGACAAUUUGAGCAAAGUGAGAAAACAAUGAAACAUUUUCCUGUACAAAUUUGAACCACAGAUGUUAUAAGCUGAGGUGAGGUGUUCUUGAGUCACAGUAAAGUCUGUGAAUGUGAAUCUGUUUUAUAUUCAUGUAUUCAUUUUCCGUAUCGCUUAUCCUCACUAAGGUCGAGGGCGUAUAUGACUAAUAAGAUUGAUGAAAAAUCCCUGUUGCUCUAUAUUCAAUUUACUAUUUAUAGUGCACUUGUUGAAACAAGUUAAUUCAAAAUGUUAACCCAAGAGACUGAAUGUAGUAUAUUACAACUAUACUAACUAUAUUACAACUUUAAAAAUAUAAUUAUAUCAAUAGAAUGUUAAUCAAUUAAUUUACUGCAUUUAUUUGUCUUUUUCAUGAAUAAUAUUACUGGUAUCUUUCAUGCCUGAUUGGCUUGGAAUCACUUAUUGUAAAAUAUUUGGUGUUUAUUUAAGUUAACAAAUAUGCCCACAUUUGGUAUCAUCAACAGGUCCAUAUUAAUAAAAUCUAUUACUGCCCGGCGCCACCUACCUAGUGGUCUAUUGACCAGCUAUGGUUAAUAUUAAAAAUGGAAAUUCAGAAUGUUCAACUAGACGAUAAGGAUACUCCAAGUUACACACUAAUGGAUAGAUUGUAUAUUAUGCAAUUGACGUGUCAGAGUCCUGCCACAAAACACUUUGCAAAUAUGAUGCACAAACUGUGAGCCUGCUCCACAGAAGAGUGAAGACAGGAACUAAGAAAAUGCAAGUAAGGAAACAGGAAGUGGGGAAGAGCUAAAAGGGGACACACAGGUGAGCCAAAGAAAGAAAAAAACGAAUUCCAAGGAAGUGAGAGAAACCAAGAGGUGCUCAAUCUGCAACAUACUGAAAAAUAUAUAUUUAAAAAGAACAUUUUGUAUUUGUUUCAUGUGUGACCGUGAUUGGCCAGCAUUUCAGGGACUGCUCAGGCAGUCAUUGGACGGUGUCACAUGUCAAUCAUUAUCGCAACACCUCUGAGUCUGACUAAGGUUUAUUUGCUUUCCUAGUCUCUCAAAAAAUAUAUUAAUCUAUCAGGGAUGUUUUCUAGACGAAAAACUAUCUUUUGCCUUUUCUUUUAUUCUUUGUUUAAAGGCCCAGAUGUAGGACAAUAAAUAGCUGACUUUGCUCUCAUUGUAGUUGUACAACGAAACAAGAAUGACGCCUGGUGGUGUGUUGAGGUACUGCUGCAGUUUGGACAGAAGAUGUCCUUCCACCUUAACUAUUUGCGAAUGAAGAAGCAUUUUUUAAUACAUGGGUGUCACUCAAAUUUUUCUUUUCUUCUUUUUCCCCCCCUCAAAAUGUGUGUUAUGACUGUGAAACAAUGCCAAUGUAGAAUUUACACAUUUCCUAUAC